GCGCGGCUAGGACGUACCGCGAAAACGGUAAUCGCCGACGCCGCGCAGUGUCGAGUGUUGCACGUACACGCUCGGAAGUAGAGACGCGGGCGCGACGUGCGGAUUGUUAUAAUUUGUAGUAUAGAGAGGUACCUAUAAAAUAUCGCAAGUCCGUUUGUACGCAACUGUCGUGUUGUUACGACCCACUCGAAAUAUUAUUAAUUAUUAUUAUUUUCUACGAUAAUAAUAGUUAACGUGUUGUCGGUUUCUCGUGUCAUCUGUUCGUCGUAAAUGGUCUCCUAUGAUAUUGGCGCGGACUGUCACAUUUACGUACGUUAAUAUUAUAUUAUAGUGUGCACAGAAGGCGGCACCCUGUUCGACUAUUGGCGACAAUACGUUAUUAUUUACUUUUUCACACAAGAUGACUUUUAAUAAUCACCAGCAAUGAGCAUUAGGCACGACAAUAGCGUUUUACCCGGACAACUGCAGUGAUGCGUGUCCGGCGUUUCGACGUGGCCCGCCGAAAAACGCAGCACGUCCGCUCGAGCACGCGGUCGUUCGUCUUUGGCAGAAAUCGUCUGAAAAACAGGUAGGUCUGCUGGCAUAUACAAUAAACGCUCUUGGCCGUCUAUCAAGUCUCACCAAUACGAGCCGAUUGUGUGGGGAACGCACUAAAGUUUGACCAGCCGGCGCGCCUGCACGAAGUACGUCGUCGUCGUUUGGGUGUCGUCUUCGACGUAUUAAUACGACCUAACCUACAGCUAUAUAAUAGAGAAUCAAUUCUUGAGACAAUCAAAAAGCAUGAAACGGUUAGCAUAAGAGCUAUAAUGACGACAUAUAAGAAACAUAAGAGAACACACAGUAAUCAGCAAACUAUAGAACCAUACUAUACUAUUAGAUAUUUAUUUAUAUUUGUCACAACAUUAGCGUCAGUGACAGUGUAUCACAUUCAUCAAGAGCUAGUGAGGCCAAAACUAGAACAUUUGGUAGUUUAUGAAAAUUUAACUGAUCGUGAUCCAAGAGUUACUUGUCAAUUUCCUAUACUUAACCCGUUUGAUUCAUCUAUUCUUAAAUACGUGUUCGUACCCAAACCUAUAAGAUGUAUGGAAAGGUCCUAUCGUUUGACUUACAUCAACAUGGAUACUGGGCUUCUACAGUUCAAUGCGUCAGGAUUCGAAGAGUCUGGUUAUUCCUUGACCUCAAAUACACUCCAUUGUUAUUAUCAAGAAAUUUAUCGUCCAAUUGAUGAUGAUUUUAAUUUGGAGUAUGGACCACAAAUUCCUAUCACUGGUUUUCACGAACCUCUUACGGAUUUCAUAUACGUAUCAUGCACCAAUUUAUUUGGCAUUACCGUAUAUAGUAACUUUCAUGCAUAUGCUAGAAGAAGGCCAGAAGUUAGGAAAUUUAAAGAUGAUAUGGAAUUAGGUGUAGCCGUAAUUGGAAUCGAUUCCAUUUCUCGAUUAAACUUUAUGAGACAAAUGAUGAACUCAUAUAACUUCAUAAACAAAGAAAUGAAUGGUGAUGUGAUGCAUGGUUUCACCAAAGUAGGUGAAAACACAUUUCCAAAUGUGAUUCCGAUGUUAACGGGCCGAUCAUUCAUCACGGAACAUAACAAUAAGUUUGACGACUGGCCGUACAUAUGGAAGGACUUUAGUAAAGAAGGUGCCGCGACUCUAUAUGCAGAAGACCAGCCAGAAUUUAACAUGUUUGACUAUUUAGCUAGAGGAAUUACUUUACAGCCAACUCUGCAUUACAUGCGUACAUAUUGGUUAGCUGUGGAACAGUCAAUGCUAUAUAAGAUGAGCUCACCUGGUUGCCUUGGACCAACGCCUAAACAUCUUAUAUAUUUCGACUAUUUGAAAUCAUUCCUAAAAGUCUAUAAAGACUCUCCAGUGUUCUUGUUCUCACUUUUUAACGAAGUUAGUCAUGACUUUGUCAAUACUGUCGGGGUGAUAGAUUUAGAUUAUAUGCAAUUCCUCAAGACUUCUCUCCACGAAGGGCUUUUUAACCGAACUGUGAUUUUUGUACUCGGUGAUCACGGCAACCGUAUGGAUUUCAUUCGGCGAACUAAAGUUGGAACUAUAGAAGACCGAAUGCCAAUGGUCACCGUAGUACUUCCAGAAUGGGUAAGCAUGAAGUAUCCAUCCUGGAAAGAAUCCCUCCGUGACAACCGUAUGAGACUGACAUCCACCUAUGAUAUUUAUGCUACAUUCAGACAUAUAUUAAGUACAUUGAAUAAUCAAAACAAAUCAACUGAUAUCAAUGAAAAUUUACUAAAUAGUAUCCAAGACAAAAACGUUAAGAAUCAUUUUUCAGCUACUAGUACCGGCUUAUCAUUGUUUGAACCUGUUCCAUUAAUUAGAGAUUGCAAUGCUGCCGGUGUGGCUCAAUGGUUAUGUGUUUGCCAUGAAGGUCAACAAAAACGACUUGAUCCAAAACACCCAUAUAGUAUUGCAGCAUCAAAUGAAGUCAUAAGGUAUUUUAAUGAACUAUUGGGUGGUCUUGAAAAUUGUGCUGAAAUGAAAUUGGCUUUUAUUGAACAUACAUAUUUGUACGAAGCACCGCAAAAAUACGACGAUGGUAAAGUGUACGAAAAAUCUGUUCAAAUAACAUUCAAAGCUUCGCCAGGUGAUGGAUACUUCGAAGCCACACUAGGUAUAGAAAUAAAUAACGGAUCCCAAACAUUUGAAGUCAUUGGGCAAGUCUUUCGAAUUAACAAAUAUGGACAUCAAGCAGACUGUUUGCCUAGAACAAUGCUCGCUAAAAUGCCAAUUUUGAAAGGGAUUUGUUAUUGUGAUUAAAAAAUAUAUAAAUGUACCAAGAUUAUAUGGUAUAUUAAAUAUUAUACUCAAAUGUACAUAAAAAUGUUAAUUAUUUAACUAUGAAAAUGACUGAAAAAUGUAGUUUAAUAUACCUAUGUAGAUAAACAUAAUACACAUAAUAAAUAUUACAUUUAUAAACUAUAAAAUAUAAAUAUAAUUAAAACAAAAUGUAUUAUUUUUAUAGAAAUUAUUAUGAUAACACUUUGUCAAUUUAAUAUGUGUUAUGGUUAGAUUAAGAUUAAAAUGUUUAACUGUUAAUACAAUAUGUACUUACUACCUAUUUAUUAUUCAUAUAUAUUAUCUAAUAUUAUUGUGAUUUUCUCAGAUUCUAAGUUAAGUGUCAUUGAAGAUAUCAUUUAUUUUUAUAUUAUAUUAAUUAUAUUACAUUCAAACUUUUACGCCUAUAAAUUAUUUAUGUACCUUCAUGUUAAUAAUUACAUCUGAUAAAUUGUUCUCAUUGCCAAAAAAAUAUCAUACCUAUAAAUAUUGUUAAUACCUAUAUAAGUAUUUGUUUUUAUACAUUUGUUGUUAUACAUAAUUUACAAUUGUAAUUUGUAAACAGGUAUAUACAAACAUAUAGUUAUUACUAUUGUACCUAUUUAUUUUUACAGAAUUAUAUUGGGUAUAUUCUGUUAUUUCUAUUUUCAAUUAUAUAUUUUAUUAAUUUUAAAUUUGUGAUUAUUAAUUACUGUUGUGUACGAAUAAGAUGCUCAUAUGACAUAUACCUAAACCAUAGUGAAUGUAUAUGUUAUAAUAUUAUGUAUCUUGAUUUUUGGAGCGAAUUUGCGACGAUAUAAAAAUAUAAAAUACUCUCUUAUAAAAUAA